AUGAUGGGGUAUGUGUACAUGGGAAUUCGAGGCCUCGUCGAGGAGGUGAUUCUCCGUCAAGGCUGCCAGUUGACAGUUGGUAUCAUCCACUUUGCCCUGGAGGAUCUCUUUACCGAGUUGCAGACGAAGGCAUCGGCCUUGGACAGCGUGGAGUAUUUGGUUCGCAUGUCCUACUGCGAGCUCUACAUGGAGCGAGUGAACGACCUCUUGCGCAAGAUUGGCCCCCAGAGUCAGAACCUGGCCGUGAAGGAAGAUCCGGAAGGUCGAGGGUUCUACGCCGACGGAUUGAAAGAGAAAAUCGUGUCCUCUGCAGACGAAGUCCUUGCGAUCUUCACAGAGGCCGAGAAGAGGCGGCGCGUGGCCCAUACUCGAUACAACGAGGUUUCUUCUCGGUCUCACACGCUGCUCACACUUUGCGUGGAGUGCUCCAUGCCUUUGGAGGCGGAUGCCCCCCUGGGCGAAGACAACGAGCCAGCCCAGGUGACCCGCAUCGGCCGCUUGGUUAUCGUUGACCUGGCCGGGAACGAACGCUUGGAGGCCGGCACUGAGUACGUUGCGGAGUCCAGCAGCAUCAACAAGUCCUUGUUCUUCUUGGGCAAGGUCAUCGAGAAGCUGGCAGCGCGGGCCUGCAGAGGCAUGGCGCAGGCCUCAGAGGAUGGCGACCACGUCCCUUUUCGAGAUUCCAAGUUGACUCGCUUGCUGUCGGUUCAUCUCGGCGGCAACUCCCGCACCGGCCUUUUAGUCACUUUGACCCCAGCAGCAGAUGCUGUUGAGCAAAGCCUCACGACGCUGCGUUUUGCGCAGAAAGCAUCACAGGUGCGCUGUGUCGCCAAGCCGGUCCUGAUCAGUAAGGAGCAGUCACUGAUCGUCAAGCAAAGAGAGAUCAUCGCACAGCUCCACAACCAGGUCCGAAGCCUCCAGGAAGAGGUGCAGCAGCGUACGAGCUCGUUACCCAGUCGGUCGGGCGAGGACGACUUGGUCGCAGAAAGGCAGCAGUGCGCAGAGCAACUGCAGGCCCUGGUUCUCAGCUCGACGGAACACGGCCGCAGCUUCGUGUCGAAGAGCCGCGAGGUGGACACCGUGGUUACAGCCCUUCAUCGCAACAUGGACGUGCUCCAGAAGCAGAAGGCCCUUGUUGUCGAGAACAUGAAAGCGCUCUACAAAGCCGUCAACGACGUGAAUGCCUCCCUGACCCAUGCAGCAGAGGUCUUGAGGAGCGGAGAAGGACCAGAGACGGCUUCAUCCAUCCUCGCUGCCGCCGGUUCCGUGCCCGACAAUUCGGCUCCUUGGGCGCCGGCUGUUUUGGAGUUGCGGGAGAAGCUGGUGCUCCUCCUUGGCGCAGCUCAGAGUGGACCUUCGGAGGGAGGCUGA